AUGAGCUCCUCCGACGAGGACGAGGCCCGGCCGCGGCUCGGCCUCGGCGCGGCGAAGAAGCGCAAGGCCGACGCGUACCUGGGCGUCUUCGGCGACGACGACGACGAGGCGCCGCGCCGCGGCCUCGGCGGCAAGCGGCCGGCCAAGGGCGGCAACGACUCGAAGCCCAUGGCCUUCGUGAGCGCCGCCGCGCCCGCGCCGCCGCCGCCGCCGCCGCCGGCGCCGCCGGCCGCGCCGGCGUCGAACGCGGACUUUCGCGCGCAGUUCCUCGCGGAGCCCGCCGCGCCGGCGCCGGCGCCGCCGCGGCCCGCGUUCGGCGGCCGCAAGGCGGCGCAGCCCGAGUGGAUGAAGCACACCAAGGGCGUCGGCUUCAAGAUGCUCGAGAAGAUGGGCUUCACGGGCCGCCUCGGCAAGGAGGAGCAGGGCGUGAGUCGCCACGUGGAAGUCACGAAGCGGCCCGAGGGCAUGGGCCUGGGCUUCGCGGCGGCCCGGGGCUUCGUCGAGGAGGCCAAGCUCGGCGCGAACGUGCAGCUCCAGCGCGAGCUCGGCCACGCCGUGCCCGACGCGGCCGAGGAGCUCCUCGCCGAGGAGAAGGCCGACGAGCACCGCGCGAAGCGGCGGCGCCAGUUCCGCGACGCGGCGUCCAUGGCGACGGCCGUCGACAAGCUCGACGCCGCCGUCGCGCUCAACCGGUCGAGCGAGGCCGCGCGGCGCGCGGCCGCGCUGACCGCGGCGCAGGACGGCGCCGCGGCCGUGCCGCCCGAGUCGCGUUUGGCCGCGCGGCUCCGCGAGGAUCUCGACGCGCGGCUCAACGGCGAGGAGAGCUUCCUGCGCGACGCCGACGGUCGCAUCGACGCCGAGCGGGACCGGCGCGCGGGCCUCGACUUCGACGUGUCGACGGCGCGCGACGGCGCCGCGCGGCUGCGGCGGCGCGCGGACCGCCUCGCGGACUUCGACGCCGCGCUCGCGGCCGUCGAGGCCGCGGCGGGGAGCGGCGACGUCGCCGCGUUCAAGGCGGCGCUCGAGCGCGCGCGCGCGCGCUUCCCCGAGGAGUGGGCGCUCUGCGGCGUCGCGGCGGCGACGUACGACGCGGCCGCGCCGCUCGCGAGGGCGGCCUUCGCCGGCUGGCGGCCCCUCGAGGACCCGGGCCGCGCCGCCGAGGUCGUCGCGGCGCUGCGGCCCGAGGCGCUCUUCGACGCCUCCUACGACGUAGACGCGGCGGCGCCCGCGUGGCGGCUGCUGUUGGACCGCGUCGCGGGCGCGGCCGCGCGCGCGGCGCUCCAGCGGUCCUGGGCGCCGGGCGGCGAGCGAGACGGCGCGGCCCUGGCUUUGGUCGGGGCGCUCUUCCCGCGGGGCGGCGGCCGCGACGACGCGUUCGUGUCCGCGGUCUUGGCGCCGCGGCUGUUGAAGUUGCUCGAGGCGGAGAUCGCGCGCGCGCGCCGCGGCGGGGCGCCCGCGGGCCGGCCCUGCGCGCCCUGCGUCGCGCCCUGGCUCGCGCACCUCGACGGCGACGACCGGUCCGCGGCGUCGGACGCGGCCGCGCGGCUCCUGCGGCUCGAGAUGAGCCGCGCGGCGCGCGACGGCGGAGACGACGCCGCGGACGACGGCUUCGCCGACGACGACGCGCGGGGGCGGGCGGGCCUCCGCGCCGUCGCGCGCGCGGCGGCCAAGUGGAAGCCCCACGUCGACGCGCGCGACUGGGCGAAGAUCGCGUCGUCGAACCUCGCGCGCGCGGUGGCUGACGCCGCGCGCGGCGGGUGGGUCGUGGCGCCGCCGGGGCAGAUGGAGGCGCAGGACUGGCGGCCCGUCGACGCGCUGCGGGGCCUGGGGGCGUCCCUCGGCGCGCGCGACGGCGACCUGCGGGCCGUCGUGCUCGGGGAGAUCGCGCCCCGGUGGGUCUCCGCGCUCCGAAACUACCUCGUCUCGGACGACGCGGCGCCGGACCCGCUGGACGUCGCGGACUUUUACGUCCUCUGGCGGGACCGCUUCCUGGGCAACUCCAUCACGCAGCUCGAGGACGACGACGACGCGCCGCCGCCGCCGUCGGAGGGCGCGGCCGCGGCGUGCCGCGAGCUGCUCCGCUGCGGCCUGCAGAUGGUCGAGGUGUACCUCGCCGACGCCAAGGCCCUCCGGCGCCUGCCGGCGCCGCCCCUCGCGGCGCCGUCGUCCUUCGAGCGCGUCCAGCUCGCCGCGGCGGCCGCCGCGGCGCCCGCGGCCGCGCCCGCGCCCGCGCCCGCGGCGCCGGGCUGGCGCGCGGCCGUCGACGGCGCGGGCUUCGUCGUCUUCGCGGACGUCGUCGCGCGCUUCGCCGCGGAGCACGACGUCGUCUACCGGCCGAAGGUCGGCCGCUCCCACGACGGCAAGCAGCUCUACGCGUUCGGCAAGGCGACGAUGUACAUGGACCGCAGCGUCACCUUCGUCAAGAAGCCCGACACGGGCCUCUUCAAGCCCGUGCCCCUCGAGGAGCUCCUCGCGUUGGCGUCCUAAGUUUGACGGCUU